UUUUUAUUUAUGUGCUUAAAUUAUUUAAAAAAUGAAUAAGAAUAUUAACUCACCCACUAAGCUGACUGAAUUCGCUCCGUUAAGUCCCCAAGAGAAGCAACCAGUUGUAGCAUCGCUAAUUGAAAAAUUUUUUAGUUUUACAAGAAAUGUUCCAGAAAAGCCAGAACCCAGAGCAUCAGUAUCCUCUGAAAUCUCACCAAGUAUCGACGACCAAAGUUCCUCUGGCGACUCAGGCUCCUGGCGAGUCGACGGCUCAGAAAAAACCCCCGAAGACAGCAGCUCAAGCAGCAUGGCCUUCAGUUUGGACGCUUCGGAAGGCCGAAGCUUGCCUAACGUCCUCAAAAGAAUCAGCAACAUAGUCGCCUUGAAGAGCAACAACCUAAAGUCCUACAAAGACUCUCACCUCCGAAGCUACUGGAUGCCCGACAAGAAAGCCAAACAAUGCUACGAGUGCUGCGAGAGGUUCACGACCUUCCGCAGGAGACACCACUGCCGAGUUUGCGGUCAGAUAUUCUGCUCCAAGUGUUGCUCCGACGAGAUUCCGGGGAAAAUAAUGGGCUGCACCGGGGACCUGCGAGUCUGUACCUACUGCUGCAAGGUAGUCUUGUCCUACCUACAAUCCUCCGACAUGAAGAGCGUGCUCUCCGCGGAUUUAAAAGCUCUGCAAGAAGAUCUGGAAGUAAAAUACGGCGGAGACACUCUUGCAGUCGCGGAAGUGCAGUCUAACAUGGAAGACGAGACGCGAGUCUGCAGAAAAAUCAGUGUUGGCUACAUGGAAGAAAAAUACGCUCUCGGAACUCACUCAGGAGACUACCUGACCUCUCACGAGCGUUCUAUAGUCCUAAAAAACUCCGCGUCUUUGAGAAUCAUCUGCGAGGAACUCUUCAGAUCUUCCAAAUCAAUCCCAUUGCAAACUCACCGAGUUAGAUUGAAGAACUUCUACAACUGCUUCACCGGGAACGAGUUAGUUAACUGGAUGAUCUCCCAGAACAAAGCAGCGACUAGAAUUCAAGCAGUCGCUAUUGGUCAAGCUUUGUUCCAAGCUAACUACAUCGAAUCUUUACAAUCAGACACUGAAUUCACCGACUCUGCUGCGAUAUUUCGUCCCACCAACAAUUUAUCCGAUGAUAAUCUCCUCAACAAGUCCUCCUGCGACAGUCAUGAGCCCGCUUGGGUUAAAAACAUCCCUCAACAUGAUUCCACAGGCACUGACUCAGAAAGUGAGACCAAACAGGCUGAAAUUACCCGCAUGCCUUCUUCAGGGUCCAGUUUUUAUCUAGAUCUUGAUGUUGGAGCUUCUACAGUUACUUUAAAGCGUCCUACUUCUUCGGAUAAUUUUUUUACCGACGCUCUAGACCCAGAACAGCAACAACAAGCUUCAAAAACUCAUCAAUGUAAUUCUGGGGCUGAUGAAAUGAUCAGUGAUGAGAAUCUAGUCCAAGAAGUUAAAGUAAGAAACUGCUGGCACAAACCAAACCUCCUCAGGAACUCUUAUGGAGAAAUGGCUGCUUAUAAUUCCUUAAGUUUGGCUUUUAAGCAGCAUGAAGAUUAUUUAGUAAAGCAGCUGCUGAAUAAUCAAGGCUUGGCUUCUAGCUGGGCUGAAGUAAUUCUUCCUCUAGCUCAUCAAGUGGUGGACCAGGUUAGACCGAACCAAAAUCACGACGCUGAAGACAUGGACAUCCGCCAGUAUGUUCAAAUUAAGAAGUCUCCAGGAGGAGCUAGAGAUGAUUGUGAAAUCCUAUCUGGAGUCUUCUGCAGUAAAAAUGUUGCUCAUAGGGGAAUGAAUGCGAUGAUAGCGAAUCCUAAGAUUCUUUUGCUGCAAUGUGGAUUGAUGUACCAGCGGGUGGAAGGGAAAUUGUUGAGUUUAGAACCGGUGAUGCUCCAGGAGAAAGAGUACCUGGGUCAUACCGUCGCUAGGAUCAUGGCUUUGAAGCCGGAUAUUGUGAUGGUUCAUAGAUCGGUUGCUAGGUUGGCUCAGGAUAGGUUCAGAGAGUGCGGAGUUACUUUGGUGCUUAAUGUUAAGCUUAGUGUGUUAGAGAGAGUCGCUAGGUGCACUGGUGCUACUAUUGUUAAUACAAUUGACGCGCAUUUGACGACGCAUGUUAAAUUGGGAACCUGUCAGAAGUUUUAUUUAAGGAAUUUUCCGAGGGAUAAUAAUUGUAUAAAGACUCUGAUGUACUUUGAGGGAUGCGCUAAUAAUCAUUUGGGUUCAGGGAUUCAUUUGAGAGGUGGCUCGCUGGGAGAGCUGAAAAAGGUUAAAAAUGUUGUGGCGACUAUGAUCUUCGCUGCGUAUUCUUGGAGGCUGGAGAAUUCAUUUUUGAUGGAUGAAUUUGCAAAGCCGCCGUCGCCUAAGGAUUAUUUUUUAAAUGAAAAAAUUUCUCUGAGGAGAAAUUCUUUAGAGAAUUUUGAAGAAGAAGAAGAAGAAGAAGAAGAAGAAGAAGAAAAAGAAGAAGAAGAAGAAGAAGAAGUAGAUGGGAAAAUUAGGGUUAAAAAAAUGGAGAGUGUUGAGAGUGAGAAGAAGGGUAAAGAUAAAGUUGAAGAAAAACGCAGCCAUGGAGAAUCCGUCAGUGAUUUAAGCGACCCGCUGCAUCAAUAUUUAAACGAGCAGGAUGACAUUGUCCUUCCGAAUAAUUCAAGCUUGAGUUUGAGCGUAGCAGACCUUCCGUUGUUAAAUAAAUUCAAGAAGUCUUUAGACGGGACUAUUUUGAGCUUCUCGCCGUAUUUAAAAUUUUCUAUUCCUUAUUUGGAAACAGAAUCCGGGAGAAAUUGUGUUCUACGUAAAUUUUUUCCAAAAGAUAUUUAUUAUUCUCCGCAAUUAUUAGAUUUGUUGGAAAGUACAAAAAUUGGGAAUAAUAUUCCUCAACAGAUGCAAAAUAAGCUUGAAUUUAAACCCCGGCACCCUUUUACGUUGGCAAGACUGACUGCGGGGAUAGAAUCCAGGGAAGUCCAGGCUUUAGUUGCGGAUUUUCGCGCCAGAGGGAGCAGAUUGAAUCCUACGAAUAAUGUUCUGCUGCCAACUGUUAAGACGGAGGCGCAGGAAGUGCCAACUGCGAAGUGGCCCGACUGCUUGGACCCGCUGAGCCAUCAGAGACUGGCGGUGUUGUUCUGCAGUUUUUCUCACAAUGCUGAUAAUGUUCCUAAGUUCUGUGUGAACCCCUGGGUGGUUAACAUGGAUCUUUAUGGCAGGAACGAUAUUGCUUUGGGUAGAUUUCUGGAGAGGUACUGCCUGACUUCGGAGUACAAGUGCCCCGCAGCUGGGUGCAGGCUCCAGAUAGUUCAGCAUGCCAGGAGGUUCGCUCAUGACAGCAGCUGCAUUCAUGUUACUUUGAAGAAGAUGGCCGCGGAUCCCUUUGGUCAGGAGAACAGCCGGGAUAUACUUAUGUGGAGCAAGUGUGUCAAGUGCAAAAAUGUCUCUCCAGUUGUUCCGAUGUCUUCGGACACCUGGUCGUUGUCUUAUGCAAAGUAUUUAGAGUUGAGGUUCUACUGCAGUGCUUAUACUAAUCGAAGCUCUGAAACCUGCUCCCAUUCGCUCCAUCAUGAUUACAAUCAGUAUUUUUCUAGAGGAAACAUGCUGGCUAUUUUUAAAUACACAACUAUUUCGCUCUGGGAAAUUUCACUACCUCCUCCGGUUAUUCAUAUUAUUUAUGACGCUAAGCAGCACGCUAAUGUUAUUGAGGAGAUGAAGAAUAUUGCGCUUAAGGGGGAUGAGGUUUUUUCUCAUAUUAAAGACAAGUUGAUGACUUUGCAGUUGGAACCUGAUAGUUUGAAUGCUGCCAAGCAACAGGUAGCAAAAGAGCAACAGUAUUUCAAAAAUAAAAUCGAAGAGGUCCAAUUAAAAUUAACAUCUCCAACAUUAGAAAAUACAAAACUAGAAGGCAAGAGUUCGGAAAAACAAGUCCAGACUUUCAUGUUCCGAAUCGAGGAUGGACUGGUGAUUCUCAAAAGACUCAUCUCCGAGGCAGUGUCUAACUGGAACGACAGAAUUUACGACAUAACUUCUAAGAAGAAAGACGCAAGGCCUCGUAAAUUCACCGACAGGUCGCAAACUGCCGGCAGUAUCAACGGAAUCGUAGACACUGACGGCUACAUAACAGAAGACACCGCCUCAGAGUCGCUGAUCGAAGACCUGAGCCCGAUGUCUGCGGACUACAAUGCGAUAGAAGCUAUCUCUGCAGUGCCCAACAGCGGCCAGAGUGAUCAGUACCUCGCAGACAUGCUCGAAAGCUCGGACAAUGAGCUCCAGGAUCACGAGAUGGUCGUUGUCAAGGACUCGCCGAAGUCCCACCAUCGCUCCUACUCGGACGUGCUUCCUGUGACUUGUGAGGACAUUCCAGACCGCAAGAAGAAGAAGAAGACUAUCUUGUCACAGCUUUUGCCCUCGACUACCAUCACCACACCGAUCAGCAAUCCUUUGAGUGCUUUGGAGCAUCACUUGCUUCCUCUGGGGUCCGUUGUCCCUGUUGUUGUCUACGAAUCCGAGCCCUCCUCUAUUAUCGCUUAUGCUUUGGACUCUCAUGAUUAUAAGCAUGCGCUGCAGGAGAUUAUUCGGACCACCAAAGUUGGAGAUCAGAGCUCCAGUCCUUUAAUUAAACGCAAACUUGAUAGUAAAGAUAAUUCUAUUGAAUCUGGGCAGUCGGAAAAUAAUUUACAAACUGCAAUAGCUGAUAAUGAAGAAGAAAAUAAAACAAUAAAGCAGCAUAAUUACAUCGAAGUCCAAUUCGCAGACAGUACAACAAAUUUCUACUGUCGAAUAUAUUUCGCAGCUCAAUUUGCAGCUUUGAGAGACAACGUGCUACCCUGUGGUGAGGAUGGCUUCACCAGAAGUCUGUGCAGAAGCGUUCAGUGGGCUGCCAGAGGUGGAAAAAGUGGAAGCACUUUUUCUAAAAGUCGGGAUGACAGAUUUAUCCUGAAAGAACUUUCGCGUGUUGAGAUGCAAAUAUUCCUGGACUUUGCGCCGAAUUAUUUUGCAUACAUGGAGAAAUGUCAACAGACUAAGCAGCCAACGCUCUUGGGAAAGAUAGUCGGAGUGUAUCGCGUGUCUUUCAAGAACAAUACUACCAACGCUGCUUUGAGGACCAGUGUCUUGAUUGUUUUGUUCGCCGUUGUGGCCGCCGUCGCUGCUUACCCAGGCUGGGAGCACCACCACGCUCACCAUGUUGACGCCAUCCACGUUCCCCAACCCCACCCAAUCCCACCACUCCACCCUGAACCACUCAAGUUGAAGGUUCAUCCCCAUGUCACCAGAAUCCAUUACGACCACCCCAAGGUCCACCACCCACAUCUCAUUGGCCACGAAGUCCAACACCACGAACCCGAAAUCAAAUUCGUCAAACACGAAGUCCACCACGAACACCACGGACACGGAUGGGCUUAAGCUGAUCCCAGCCACGUUACCGAGCGAUAACCAUCUGGUUCGACGGACAGUCCAGUCACAGCAUCCCAUCUUCAUCAAUAAAUACUCAAAUCUCAUCGUCACAGUGAUACCAAAGCCGCAUUGUAAUUAAGACAGUACUGCCAGCCUUAAUCGAUCUUCAGUCGUCUAACUAUGGCUAGUCAACGUCAUCUGGCUGCACCCUGCACCUCUUUUGAUAAAAUAGCGGCGUAAAUAUUUAUUAAUUAUUGGAUUACUCGAAAAUCUUAAACUGUGAUAUGGACUACUCGAAGAACCAGGACCAAGGCUACUUAACGUAUAAAUAAAGUCCCCCUGCAUCUUAUUUAAAAUUUAAAAUUGUGCGGCAUGUGAUAUCAAAAUGGAUAUAACUUCACCGUUAUUUUAUUUUACAUUAUAUAUAUUUCUAUCCUGUCAAUACUUUUGUAAAACCAACAUUUCAUUCAGGACUUUGAAUCUAUUUAUUUUUCAAUAAAUGCUCAUUUAUAUGUCUUGUGAUAAA